AUGUUCAUCCUAGUUGACGUAUUGCGACAAAGUCCUCUGAGCUAUGUGAAUACCAAAUGCCAGCAGUUGAACGCAUCACAGUUGCAGUGCUCGCAACAUCUACCGGCACCUGUAGGAUUGCAAAAACAUCAAGGAAUCGCUCAAGGAAAUACUCCCAUCUAUUUGGCGUACCAGUCGAAAAUGAAUUACUAUCCUAUCUAUGAAAUGACAGUUGAUGAUGUGUCUAUCAAUCCAUCCGCCGAGCUUAACCAACAACCAGUCGAUCAGCUACCAAAAGACACAUCCGAGUUGAAAGUACUCCUCUAUCUUUCGAACAAACGUGCCUAG